AUGGCCACGCCCCGGCUUCCGUUCCUCUACCCGAGUUUGAUGCGUGCUGUUCGCUCAUGCGAACCAAACACGUAUCGAUCUCUUCGAUAUGCCGGGCUCAGACACGGUUUCCAUACUACCCGCCGACGGGGGCAAGAAACCUACCAGCGGCGUUAUGGACCAGCCGUUGAGCGCAACCUGCCUCCCCCAUCCCGGCCCAAGGAUGGCCAAUCGACUCAGAACCCGGACGAAGCAGUGACUGGAAAGGAGGGAGCUCAUACGACGGAACAAAAUGUCCCAGUGUCAGAAGAGUUGCAAUCACAAUCGCAGUCGGAGUCACAAUCACCUCCGGAGAAAUCGCAGUCGGAGUCACAAUCACCUCCGGAGAACAUUCACACGGACAGCGCAGAUGCUGCUGCUUCUAAUGCGUCGGAGCAAGCUGCCGCCGAGUCAACGAAACACCACGCCAUACUGGAACCAGCGCGCGAUGAGCAUGACGCUUCCGCCGAGACCGAGACAACUAAUGCCUUCACCCCUCCACCCUCCAUGUCUGCAUCCGGUGAAGUCGGGGAGGAGAUGUCUCAGAUGCCGCCAUACAUGAAUCGCAGCGCUUUCGAAGAAGUCUACCACAUGCCCUCCCCGCCCACAGGCCUCACACAAACGGAAACGCAAGCGUCACACAAGCCGCCGCACAUGAGCCCGGCGCCUUACGUACACCAUUUCGAUACCUACUCCCUUGUUCUCGAUCUCUCAAAGGGCGGAUACAGCAGCGAACAGUCUAUUACUAUCAUGAAAGCAGUCCGCACCAUCCUCCAGAAUAACCUCGACUUCGCCAAGCAGAGCUUGACCUCCAAGUCAGACGUGGAGAAUGAAGAGUAUCUUUUCAAAGCAGCUUGCUCGGAGCUACAACAAUCCUUGCAGACUGCACGGAACUCCGAGGUUCAAAGGCAGCGUGCAUCCCGGACACAGCUGGAGCAUGAAACGGAUAUCUUGUCCCAGCGCCUCAACCAGGAGCUCUCCGGUAUGAAGGAUGACAUCAAGGGCAUGUUCAAUGACCAUAAGAUGGCCACGCGUGAGAACCAGCGCAUCAUUGAUACUAUGGUUCAGGAGUUGAACUAUAAGAUCACUGUCUCGCUCAACAGCGAUGGAAAGAGUGAGAUCGAGGGUCUGCGUUGGGUUCUGACAAGACGCGCGGCUUUGACAAUAGGCAUCUGUGCCUUCAUGAUCAUCGUCUUCCUCAAAUAUUCCUCUGUACGCAGAGUCCAGGAGCCCAAGCAAGUCAAGGAGGUUGAAAAGCCUGUUACUAAGGAAAUCACCACUGAAACUCGGGUUGUCCACGAUGCCGGAGUCCAGUCCGAGAUGUCACCUGUUGUCGUCGAGGCACACCUUGGUGAAGCUUUGGGUUAA